CAACAUUCGGUAGGGUGUUGAAUUCCUAUCAUAUUAACGCAAAAUCUCAGAGUUACUAAUAUUAAUUGUUAUCAAAACGUAAUAAUUAAUAUAGAUGCUACAGGAUACAACAGUUUCAAACGUCAACAAAGUAACAAACUGAAUCGUUUUUAUAUGUAUCGAUAUAGUCUUUUGAGCUUAGUGCAAUGGAUCCACAAAUUGAUCGAACCAGCGAUAUUUGCCGUCUUUGUCUUAGUCCCGUUGAACGUACGGUUAGUACUUUAAUUACGGAUGCAGAUCUGCGAGCAAAAACGAAUAUUAUUUUCAAUUUCAAUCUAUCCGCCGAUGAAUCAUUUCCAUCGGUUGUUUGUUCGAACUGUUGCAGUAGAAUCACGGAAUUUCACUCCUUCCACGAGACAGUUCGGCUCAAUCAAAUCGAGCUGGGUAACAAAUCCGUCGUAGAAUCAGAACUUCGGCUCGAGGAUUCAAAGAAACAACAAGAAGAUGAACUCAAUCAGGUGGUUUGGUUAAACGAACUUCAAACAGAUCAGGAUGAAGAGGACACUAAGCUGGAUGAAUUUCCGUCGCCCCUUGAAGUCCAAGUAACGAUGAACGAUUCCGAUGCUAGUGAGGAAAGUGAACAACUGAAUAAUAGGAAGAAAAAGCUCUCUUUGGUGAAAAAAUCAGCUGUUGCUGAAACAACAAAAGUCAGCGGUAAAUCUGCCAAUCGGCAAAAGAGAAUCGAAAGAUACAAUGAAGAAAAUCGGAAAAUUUCGGAAUUUUUCAAAAUGACUUGCGAGUUCUGCUCAGAAACUGCUGAAACAUUUGGCCGAUUGAAAGCGCACUGUCGAAAUGUUCACAACGAAAGAGCGGGGGUAAAAUGCUGUAACCGCAUUUUCUACGUUAAAUGCAGAAUCAUUGAACACAUAAAUUCCCAUCAAAAUCCGAAGCGGUUUCAUUGUGAAAUUUGCGAUAGGUACUAUAACAGCAAAGAAUAUCUGGAACUGCACAACAUGAAAAAGCACAGCAACGUUGAGGAGAAACCAUUCGUAUGCGACAAGUGCGAAAAAAGUUUCCCCAAACAGAGCCUGUUGAAUGCGCAUCGAAAAACUCACAUCCAAGCGGAAUGCUCCGUUUGCCACCGAAUGUUAGCUAAUAUUUACUCGCUCAAAGUGCACAUGAUGAUGCACAUCGACAAUGUGGAACAGGUGAAGCACAUUUGCGAUACCUGUGGGAAGGAAUUCCUCCGCAAAAUGUCUCUGGAUCAGCACAUUAAACGUCACAUGGGUAUAAAUACAGAGGAAAAGCUUCAGUGUCACAUCUGCAGCCGCUGGAUAGUCGGAAAACGUGGCCUGAAAAAACACUUGAGAACGGUUCACUGUGACAGAAGUCUGGAGUUUCCCUGCAGUAUCUGUUCACAGAAGUAUCCAAAUGAGCGGUCCCUGAGCCUGCACAAGGCUCGGGUUCACGUGGAGAAUAAGUUUGAGUGUGAAUUUUGCGGGAAAAAGUUCAAAAGUCGUCUUAACUUGAAAGAGCACCGGGCUUCACACACCGGUGAGGUACUGUAUACGUGCGAACUGUGCGGCAUGACCAGUAAUUCCAACGGGAAUUUGUAUUCGCACAAGAAGAACAAGCAUCCGGUGGAAUGGUUGGAGGCAAGGAAGAAAGUGAUGGAAAUGAGUUAUGCUAGAAACUAAAACUAGGUUCAACGUUAUUAAAAAAACAUGCACUCAACAAAGAAAUGAAAAAAUUAUAAUCAGAAGUAAAUGUGACUAAAAAGACAACCAAAGGCACUUUUCCGUAAUAGUUUAGAAAUAAUGCGUUACGCAGAACUCGAAUCCGAGUUUUAGAGUUGAUUUCAUUUGUAAAACUCCUGUGUCCAUUUAUCCUGCCAGUAUUAGUGAAGUUAUACAACGUAACAGUCGACACCAAAGUAUACCCGGGAGUCUGGAAGAGAAGUAGUUUCUCCAGUUCCUAAAACAUUGGAUCGAGAUUUUUGACCAAUUUCGGUGCUUCCAGUGGUCUCCAAAGUUUGUAAAAAGAUAUUUUUGAACCAAAGCUUUUAGCAAAUGACCAGUCAGGCUAUAGGAAACGUUACAGCACCACAACAGAUUUAGCCAAAAUUAGCCAAUGACAUAUAUAAGGGCUUUGAUAAAGGGCAGUGCGCGGUCCUAGUACUCGUAGACUUCUCGCUCACCUUCAAUUGUGUGAACCACGCGAAGCUCAAAGACAAACUACACGACGAAUUUCUAUUCGCAACAGGAACAUGUGAACUGAUGUCAUCAUUCCUCAGUCACAAGAGUCGAAUCGUCAAGCUCGCCAAUACGGCGUCAACCGAUCUCCCGCUCACUGACGGAACACCUCAAUGUUCAUGGCUGAGCACCCUCCUUUUCAGUGUAUACAUUAACGGCCUGCCUCUAAGCCUGAAGUGCGAAUAUCAGCUCUAUGCAGACGAUUUAAAGAUCUUUGUAACCGGUCCAAUAGAUGAUGUGGACAGACUAAAAACUCAAGUAAAUGCAGGUCAUCGAAGCCUGGGCAAUGAAUAACGCUCUGUUUCUUAAUCCCAAAAAAAACAGGAGAUUAUUUGCUGUAAAGAAGGUUCAUCAUUUUCUGCUCCGAAAACAUAAACAUAGCGGAAAAAGUUGCCAACCUCGGCCUACAUAUGGACAAGAAUCUACGAUGGUCACCUCAUGUUAACAGCGUCACAGUAAAGGUUUUUGGAACGCUGCACACAUUCCGGAAAUUUACUACAAUAGUAUCUACUACCACACGGAGGAGAUUCGUUCAAGCAGUACUGAUUCCAUUUUUCACUGAUUGUGACAUCGUCUACCACCCUGACCUAUGUACUGUGAACAAAAAAGGGAUAAACAGAUGCUUCAAGGCCCCGGUAAGGUUUGUCGUCAAUAUUCGUCGACGAGAUUCAACUCCAGCUGUACGAAACGUGGUCCUCGGCACGAACUCGAAACAAAUUACAAGAACCGAAUCAUCAGCUUCAUGUGGCUAGGGAACAUAGGAACUCUGCCUGAGUAUCUUCAACAACACCUGCAAAAGGGACAACUAUAACGGGAUCGAAACUUCACCAUUCCUCGUCACACCACAUCUGAAAGGAAAAGUGUGCUUAUAGCUGGCCCUCUUGCAUGGAAUAGACUGCCCUUAAACAUAAAACAACAACCCCAAUGUCAACUUUUAAUGCUGCUCCCCGGGGACGAUAAAUUCCAUCUUACAAGUACCUUUAUUUUCAUUAUUAGAAAUAAGCAGCAGUGACUCUGUAGUAUCUCAAAGUAAUUAUAUUAACAGCUUCUUCCUUGACCUGACGUAAGGUAUACAAAUGUAACCAACAGGUUAUGGUAAGCUAAUAAAUUACAAUUACGAGUUGAAAAACCCGAACCCGAGAAUAACUAAAUAAGAAUGUGGACAACACGAACCCGAGAUCUUUAGAAUUGAUAAAUCCAACCCUAACCAAAAGAUUUAAAAUUUUUGAAACCUGACCCAAAGGCGGUACUCCUGCCCUCUGGUUCGGUGAGAGCAAGGACGUGUUGUGUCCGAUUGGUCUAGACACAUUUGGAUUGUGAGCCAGUGAAUGUCUGACGCAGAAAGGAGUCUGGGCCGAUGGCAAUCUCUGGAAAUGAUCAACCAAAGACUAUAUGAAAUGGAAACAUCCACGAUAUAAAAUUGUUAUUACUGAUCUACUAGAUGACUGUUUGAAGUUACUAAAUAUAAUAUAGUUAAAAGCCUUAAAUAAUAUUUAUCCAAGUUGUCAAACAUAUCGCAAAAGCAAAGGAAGAAAAAAAGAAAGAAAGCGAAAUCCAAAUAAGGAAGUCUAAAAAGGAAGCGGUAUUGUCUACAAUAGCAGAAUAUAUGGAAAACAGAGAAGAGAAGCUAGAUGACUAAAAGCUUAAGAUCAAGGAAAAAAGAAUUACACGAAGGAAUACUGAUAAAUAGGUGGUUAAUUGCAACGUCAAGAUAAAUUAAGAAUAACCAAUAAUAAUAACAAUGAUACCAAAUGAAUUUAUUCACAUUGAAAAA